AAGAGAACGGAGGAGAGAGGAAGGAAGGAUGGAGGGAAAGAAAGGAAAGGAAGAGGGAGAUGGAGGAAGAAAGGAGAGAGGAAGGAAGGAAGGAACAGAGGGAAGGCAAGGGAAAGUGGGGCACACAGACACUUCUCCCAUCCUCUGCUGGUGACGUGGGGCUGACACUCGUCUGGGUCUCUGCAGCUGCCCCCCCCCUCCUCCUCCUCCUCGCUCAGCUGGCCGAAGGGCUUCUGGGGCCAGUGGGAGAGGCCCGGCUACCAUUGGAUGCUCCGGCAACCCAUGGCCAGGCUGCGAGUGACGGAGCGCGCAGGGGGGGGGGUGGGCAGCGGAGGAGGGCUCCGUCCUGGCUCCCCUCCCCUCCUCGGCCGGGAGCAACGGGCGAGGAGGGCCCACUGGAGCAGCUCCACCGAGGAGGAAGCCCAGAUCCUGCCCUGUCCCAGCCAUGGAGGCACCUCUGUGCAGCACAAGAGGGGAGACUUAACAGGCAGCCCCUCUGCAAACCCCCCCACCCCCAGAGGAGACGAAGGAGGGGGCUGGAUUUGAAGCCCACAUCAUGCAGCUCGGCCUCGCCAGGCCACGCUAGCCUCCCCACAAAGACGGGGGUCCAAGCCGUGGGAAUCAAAAAGCUCGAUCUAGACAGAGCCCACUUCAUAACGCCAGUUUGGCAGAGGGCGGCGAGGUCAACACGGCGCAAAGUGUCCUAAAUGCCAGGAUCUGAAAGGACGCCGGGAUUUGUAACACAGACCUUCCCAAAGGGUGGCCAGCCCCAAAUCCGGUGGGCGUUGAACAAUUUUGAGGGGGCUUUUCAGGAGCUGAGUGGUUGGACCCCCACAGCAAAGCAGAAGCUGGUUUAUUUGUCUCAUCCACAAAAGCAAUUUGUAAUUACAGUACACACCUUCCAGCCCUCUUAUCUCUGGGAACCGGCUGGGGAAGGAACGAGGACAGAAACCCCAGGAAAGUGUGGGAGACAGAGAGAGAGAGAGAUGACCUCUUCCCAGCCCCCCAAAAGGGCAUCACUAGGGAGCGAGGGGGACGGGGAAGAUGCCGGAGAAGCCUUUGAAUUUGAAGACAGCGAAGAGGAUGACGCCACCCGCCUUGUGGUGAGCAAUGCCAGGACGGAGCUGGGCAUCAAGGGGGCACUGCAGGACCCUCCCCCCAGGCGAAGGUCCAGCAUCAGUGAUGACUUGGAGCCAUUGGGCCAGUGGGAUGCAGAGGAGGCACUCCUGGAGGAUCGGGUCCCUUUGACCACCUCCGAUUCCAGCAUCCACCUUGAUUGCCGAGAUCCGCAGUCCCAGGCUGAAUUGGCGGGCCCUGUGAGCAAUGGAGAUUUUUCUCAGACGGGGACACGAAUCUACAGCUGGAAGCGAAGACAUUCAUCUCAAGGUGAUCAGUUUACUUUCCCCUCUGCAGACGAUGAAGUGAUUUACGACGAUGUUCCUUGCGAGAAAUUGGAUUUACAGCAGUGUGAUUCAGAGAGAAGCUUAAUUUAUGAAGACGUCCCGCAGGCCCACAAGCCCACCUCACAAGAGCCCGAUGACCUAGGCUGGAGCUCCAGCGAAUUCGAAAGCUACAGCGACGAUUCGGCGGACGAAAGCAAGGCCGAUGUGGUCCAGGCCAGGCCCAAAAGUUCCUUCCAGCCCAAGCUUUCUCCCGACCUUCACAGGCUAAAAGAGAGAUGCUCCAGGACUAAGAGGGAGAUCCUGGCUUUGAAAGUCGGGGGCAGAGAGAUGCAACAACUGAAGCAAAGAUACGAUUGUAAGAUGACCCAGCUCAUGAAAGCAGCGAAAAGCGGCACCAAGGAUGGUUUGGAAAAGACCAAAAUUGCGGUGAUGCGAACUUUUCUGCAUAAGAAAGAUAUUCCAGCUGCGGAUGGAGAGCCAAGCACUGGGGUCUCUGGACCGGAAAGGAAGCGGUCUCUCUCCUGGACCGGGGACAUUGCCGUGGUCCGUAGCUUCUCCGCAGAGAGAGGGGACUCGGAAGAAGAAGACCUGGGUUUCCUGGAGGUCCCCGUUUCAGAUGCCAAACAGCUGCCAGAGUUGGGGCCGAUGCCCGAAGGGUUAAGCCCUCAACAGGUCAUACGUCGUCACAUCCUGGGCUCCAUUGUCCAGAGCGAGAGAAGCUACGUGGACUCGCUGAGGCGCAUUUUACAGGAUUACAGGAACCCCUUGAUGGAGAUGGAGCCCAAAGUCCUUAGUGCCAGGAAAUGCCAAGUGGUCUUCUUCCGGGUCAAAGAGAUCCUCCAGUGCCACUCCAUGUUCCAAAUCGCCUUGUCUUCACGGGUGGUUGAAUGGGACUCCAUGGAGAAGAUCGGUGACCUCUUUGUGGCCUCGUUCUCCAAGUCCAUGGUCUUGGAUGUAUACAGUGAAUAUGUCAACAACUUCACCAGUGCCAUGUCCUUAAUCAAGAAGGCCUGCUUGACCAAACCGGCUUUCUUGGAGUUCCUCAAGAAGAAACAGAUGGCCAGCCUUGACCGCGUCACCCUCUAUGGCUUGAUGGUGAAGCCCAUUCAGAGAUUCCCCCAGUUUAUCCUUCUGCUCCUGGAUAUGCUGAAGAACACCCCCAAAGGACACGCUGACCGGUUGUCCCUCCAGCUCGCCCUCACAGAACUGGAGACCUUGGCGGAGAAGCUGAACGAGCAGAAGAGGUUGGCCGACCAGGUGACUGAGAUCCAGCAACUGACCAAGAGCAUCAGUGACCGCAGCCAUCUUCAUAAGUUGUUAAAUUCGGGGCAACGGCAGCUGUUAUUUUGCGAGACCCUAACCGAGACCGUUUACAGCGACCGAGGUCAACUAAUCAAAUCCAAGGAGCGCAAGGUGUUUCUUUUGAACGACGUGCUGGUGUGCGCCAACAUCAACUUCAAGCCCGUGAACACCGGGGGGCAGCUAGAGAUCAGCAGUCUGGUCCCUUUGGGGCCCAAGUAUAUCGUGAAGUGGAAUGCAGCCUUGCCCCAGGUUCAGGUGCUAGAAGUGGGGCAGGAGUGCAGCGCCAAGGAGAAAGACGGCAUUGCCAUCCCGAACGUGGGCUCCAGGAAACCGGCGCCACCCAGCCAGUCUGCCCAUAAUAAAGUUUAUCUGGGACCCCCUCGCCUGUUUCAGGAGCUGCAGGAUCUGCAGAAGGACCUGGCUGUCGUAGAGCAGAUCACUCUUUUAAUCAGCACCCUCCACGGCACCUACCAGAACCUGAACAUGACUGUGGCCCAGGACUGGUGCUUAGCUCUGCAGAGGAUGAUGAGGGUGAAGGAGGAAGAGAUCCACUCGGCCAACAAAUGCCGUCUCCGUCUCUUACUUCCUGGGAAACCCGACAAGGCCGGCCGUCCAGUGAGCGUCAUGGUGGUCUUCAUCACCCCGAACCCCCUCAGCAAAAUUUCCUGGGUGAAUUAUUUGCACUUGGCCAAAAUCGCUCUCCGGGAAGAAAACCAGCCUGGAUGGGUCUGCCCUGAAGAAGACAAGAAGAGCAAAGCUGCUUUCUGGUGUCCCAUUUUGGUCUGUCAUAUCCCUGCCUUCUCCUCCAGGGCCCUCGACCUGCAGCUGGGGGCGGCUGUGCACAGCCCGGUCCAGUCUCCCUUGCUGGGAUUUUCCGCCAUCAGCACUUCUCUGCCACAGGGGUAUCUUUGGGUUGGAGGAGGUCAGGAGGGGGCUGGGGGCCACGUGGAGAUAUUUUCCCUGAACCGGUCGGUGCCUCGCACGGUCAGGUCCUUCCAGGUGGCCUCCCGGGUCCUCUGCCUGGAAUACAUCCCCGAAAGGGUCGAAGAGGAACGAGCGGAGGAGACUCAAACCCCGGCUGACCAGCCAUUCCCACCUCAGCCCGCCCUCUGCCUCGGCCUGCAAGACGGCAGCAUCCUGGCCUAUGGCAGCCUGGACACAGGGGCCCAGUGUUUGCUGACCAGCCGGACCCCUGGAGCCCAUCCGGUCCUCUGCCUGAAGCACAACGCCGACUACCUCUUUGCCGGCCUGCAGAAUGGGACGGUGGCGGUGUACGCCAGGAUCCAUGGAGGACUGUGGGAUGCCGAAGCUGAACCCACCUGCCUGGCGGUGGGGCUGGCCCCAGUGCGGACGCUGCUCACCUUGGAUGACGCCGUGUGGGCCAGCUGUGGCAAUCAAGUCACCGUCUUUGAUGCCCUCAGCCUGAAGGCUCAGGUGGGUGUCUCUCCAGGUGUGUUUCGAUUUAGUUCGGAAACAGCAGUUCCACUGAUUAAUU